UUCGCCACUAGAAAAAGUUCGCGAAUUAUUCGCCCGCCUUAAUAAGUAAGGUUCGCACCGAAGCGUUAGCUGCUGCAGUGAAAGAGCGAGUGUAGUUCAUUUUCACUCCACCGCCCUCGGUUUUUUCCUACUAUUUUAUGCAACGAAAAAGGGCGGCUUCAUCAUCAUCUCUCCUGCGACACAGCGAUGGAUAGGGGUGGGACGGCGCGAUCGCGCGAGCCGUUUAGGCAGUCUGCAGGAUGUCCGAUGUCGCCGAACAGUUACCGCCGGCGUCGAGACGAGGAGUCGAGCGAGGGGCAAGGGGAUAAGAUCUGCUCGUCCAUUGAUAAGUUCGAUAUCCCGCCGAAGAAUGCUCCGAUCGAGAGGCUGAAGCGAUGGAGGCAAGCAGCGCUUGUAUUAAAUGCAUCACGUAGGUUUAGAUAUACUUUGGAUCUAAAAAAAGAGGAAGAGAAGGAACAGAUACGGAGGAAGAUUCGAUCUCAUGCUCAAGUUAUAAGGGCAGCAUUCCUGUUUAAGGAGGCUGGGGAUAGAGAGGCACCAGGUACUCCUGUAGUGCCAGCUCUUCCUAGUGGUGGUUAUGGGAUCGGAAUGGAGCAGCUUACUGCUAUGACCCGAGAUCAUGAUUUUUCUGCAUUACAAGGCUAUGGAGGGGUUAAAGGCAUAGCAAACAUGGUAAAGACCAACUUGGAUAAGGGGAUUACUGGGGAUGAUGCUGAUGUAUUGCGUAGAAGGAAUGCAUUUGGGGCUAAUACUUAUCCCCAAAAGAAAGGCAGAACCUUUUGGGUUUUCCUAUGGGAAGCUUGGCAAGAUUUGACUUUAAUCAUACUUAUGAUAGCAGCUGCUGUAUCUUUGGUGUUGGGCAUAAAGACUGAAGGUCUGAAAGAAGGAUGGUAUGAUGGAGGGAGCAUUGCUUUCGCUGUUAUUCUUGUUAUACUUGUUACAGCCAUCAGUGAUUAUAAACAGUCACUUCAAUUCCAAAACUUGAAUGAGGAGAAGCGGAAUAUACAUCUUGAGGUGACGAGAGGUGGCAGAAGAGUUGAAGUUUCAAUUUUUGAUCUCGUUGUUGGUGAUAUCGUUCCUCUCAAAAUUGGUGACCAGGUAGGUUGCUUCCUGCUGCAUGGCAUUUUGAUUUCUGGUCAGUCUCUUGCAAUUGAUGAAUCUAGCAUGACAGGAGAGAGCAAAAUUGCCCACAAGGAUCAAAAGUCACCAUUUUUGAUGGCUGGGUGCAAGGUUGCUGAUGGUUAUGGUACUAUGUUGGUUACUGCAGUUGGAAUCAAUACUGAGUGGGGUUUAUUAAUGGCUAGUAUAUCAGAAGAUAAUGGUGAAGAAACUCCUUUGCAGGUGCGCCUGAAUGGUGUUGCUACCUUCAUUGGCAUAGUCGGCCUAACUGUUGCUUCUUUAGUUCUUGUUGUCCUUCUGGUCAGGUAUUUUACUGGACAUUCCAAAAAUCCUGAUGGGACAAUCCAGUUUGUUAAGGGACACACAAGUCUUAAGGAAGCAAUUAAUGGAGCUGUCAAGAUUUUGACUGUUGCAGUGACCAUCGUAGUUGUUGCUGUGCCUGAAGGGCUUCCGCUUGCCGUGACUUUGACCCUUGCUUAUUCUAUGCGAAAGAUGAUGAGGGAUAAGGCUCUGGUGAGAAGGCUUUCAGCCUGUGAAACCAUGGGAUCGGCUACAACAAUUUGCAGUGAUAAAACCGGUACUCUCACAAUGAAUCAAAUGACUGUUGUGGAGGCUUAUGUUUGUGGAAAGAAGAUAGAUCCCCCAGAGAAUGUUGAGAUGACGUCUUCCACUGCAUCACAUCUAUUAAUUGAAGGUAUUGCACAGAAUACAACUGGCAAUGUCUUUGAGCCUGAGGAUGGUGGAGCUAUUGAGGUUACUGGUUCACCAACUGAAAAGGCAAUCCUUUCUUGGGGGGUCAAGUUAGGGAUGAAGUUCAAUGAUGCAAGAUCCAAAUCAUCUAUCCUUCAUGUGUUCCCUUUCAACUCUGAAAAGAAACGUGGAGGUGUUGCACUAAAUGUGGGAGACUCUGAAGUUCAUAUUCACUGGAAAGGAGCUGCUGAAAUAGUCCUUGCCUCAUGUACAGGCUGGCUAGAUGCCAGUGGUUCAGUGGAGCGAAUGACUCCCAAUCAGAUGGAUGAAUUUAAGAAAUUUAUUGAAGCUAUGGCAGAAGCUAGCCUUCGCUGCAUCGCAUUUGCUUACAGACUAUAUGACUUGGGAAAAGUUCCUAGAGAGGAAGAACGAAUUAAUUGGGUGUUGCCUGAAGAUGACCUGAUUCUGCUUGGUAUUGUGGGAAUAAAGGAUCCUUGUCGACCUGGGGUCAGAGAUGCAGUAAGGUUGUGCACAAAUGCUGGUGUGAAGGUGCGGAUGGUCACUGGAGACAAUCUUCAGACUGCUAAAGCCAUUGCUUUGGAGUGUGGGAUUCUCAAUUCUGAAGCUGAUGCAACAGAGCCAACUUUGAUAGAGGGAAGAGUUUUCCGUGCGAAGUCUGAAAAAGAACGAGAAGCAAUUGCUGAAAAGAUUUCCGUGAUGGGAAGGUCGUCUCCUAAUGACAAACUUUUGUUUGUCCAAGCAUUGAAGAAAAGAGGUAAUGUGGUUGCUGUCACUGGUGAUGGCACUAAUGAUGCUCCUGCCUUGCAUGAGGCAGAUAUUGGUCUCUCAAUGGGAAUUCAGGGAACAGAGGUUGCAAAGGAAAGCUCAGACAUUAUCAUCCUUGAUGACAAUUUUGCAUCAGUUGUAAAGGUUGUUCGCUGGGGUCGAUCGGUGUAUGCAAAUAUCCAGAAAUUUAUCCAGUUCCAGCUAACUGUGAACGUUGCAGCAAUUGUCAUUAAUGUUGUUGCUGCUGUUACAUCUGGUGCAGUUCCUUUGAACACCGUGCAGCUUCUUUGGGUUAAUCUUAUCAUGGAUACUCUUGGAGCACUUGCAUUGGCUACUGAACCACCGACUGAUCACCUUAUGAUGAGACCUCCUGUUGGUAGAAGGGAACCUCUUAUCACAAAUAUCAUGUGGAGAAAUUUGUUCAUUCAGGCUGUAUAUCAAGUGACGGUUCUCCUUAUCGUUAAUUUUGCUGGUAGGAGUGUUAUGCAUUUAAAGCAUGACACUCCGCAAGAGGCAGAUCGUGUGACAAAUACUUUCAUAUUCAAUACUUUUGUCUUUUGUCAAGUAUUCAAUGAAUUCAAUUCUAGGAAACCAGAUCAACUGAACAUGCUAAGUGGAGUGACAAAGAGUCAUCUAUUUCUGGGAAUAAUAGGAGUAACUGUUGUCUUUCAAAUUCUCAUUAUCGAGUUCCUCGGUAAGUUUGUCACAACAGUCAGACUGAGUUGGAAACUGUGGCUGGUUUCACUUGGUAUUGCCUUCCUUAGCUGGCCUUUGGCAUUUGUUGGUAAGCUUAUCCCCGUACCCAAGAUCCCGAUCCAGGAUUACUUCAAGAGGUGUUGUGGAACAAAACAAAAAGAUGAUGAGGAAACGGAGAAGCAGGGCGAUACGGCUGUUUAAUACCCGGUGAAAACAUGAAGAACUCGUACCAUAAACCUGGCUGGAUACAUGUAGAUUUCGCUGUUUGAUACUUAGAAAUAGUGAACAAGUGAUGUAAUUUGUUUUUCUAACUCGCGUGCAUUUUCUUUUGACCAUGGCCCACCAACCCCCUAUAUAUUUUAGAAAUGUCAAAUAUAUAGUUUUUGUUUACGAUUCGCCUU